GUUCCCAUUUUCUACACUUCUUGCCACUAACCCUUAAUCCCACUUCUCUCCCACUAGCUACCUUCUUAACCAAAAUUCUUCCACCCUAGCUAGCCACCACCGCCAUGUCAGUAAAACAAUGCCACCACCACGGCAGCGACAAGAAGAAACUACUCAAGAAAAUCCUAAUAGGAUUCGGCAUCUUAGCGGCAAUAGUCCUCCUAAUCUUCUUCAUAACAUGGGCCAUUCUCCAACCAAGAAAACCAAGAUUCGUCCUCCAAGACGCCACCAUCUACGGCUUCAACGUCUCCGCCCCCAUCCUCCUCUCCUCCAACUUCCAAAUCACCGUCUCCGCCCGUAACCCAAAUAGCAAAGUCGGUAUCUACUACGAUAAACUCAACGUUUACGCCACAUAUCACAGCCAACAAAUCACAUACUUCACUGUCAUCCAACCGGUUUAUCAAGGCCAUAAAGAUACAAACAUUUGGUCACCUUUUAUUUAUGGCACAAAUGUCCCUGUGGCUCCGUACAAUGGAGCCGCUUUGUCUCAAGAUCAGUCAAAUGGCGCGAUUUCGCUUGUGAUUAAGAUUAACGGACGUGUUAGAUGGAAAGUUGGGAGUUUUAUUUCGGGCAGGUAUCAUUUACAUGUCACGUGUCCGGCUUAUAUCCCUUUUGGAAACAAGAAUUCUGCUUAUGCUGGUGUGGUUACGGGUGUUAAGUAUCAGUUAGCUAUGAAAUGCAGUGUUAAUGUUUGAUUAAUUAAUCAAACUUUAAAAAAAAAGAAAAAGAAUUAUUGCUGAUCGUGUUGAAUCCCAGUUAGUCGAUAACGGUGCUGUUAAGUUUUCUUUUCUUCCUUUUUUAUAUAAUUUUCUCUUUUUAUGAUGAUUCAAGCAUACGUGAAUGAAUUUGUAACUUUUGGAAAAUUACAAAGUUGGACAUGGUGUAUGGUGGAUUAUUAAUGAUUAUAAAUUUAUAUUUAAAUAAA